UUUAGUGGGGAUUGGGAGUUUUGGUGUUUAAAUGGCAAAUGCAUCUGGGUUCUUUACUCCUUCACUACCACGCCUGAGGAGUAGGAUUCAACCUUCGAUACGGAUUUAUCGAUCUGGAUUUUGCUCUGAAGGAGUCUCGAAGAAGGUAUGGUGCUGCAGUGCAAUGGAAGGUGCGCAGAAGGUAUCCCCUUCUGAAUCUCGAGUACCCAGGCUAACCAGCAAAGGCUGCAAGUUAGUUGGAUCUGGCUCAGCAGUACCGACUCUUCAGGUUUCAAAUGAUGAUCUGUCAAAAAUAGUUGAUACAUCUGACGAAUGGAUAUCUGUUCGCACUGGGAUUCGAAAUCGAAGAGUUCUGACAGGUAAAGAAAGCUUGAUUUCUUUAGCCGUGGAGGCAUCCAGGAAAGCUCUUCAGAUGGCAGAGGUUGAUCCCGAUGAUAUUGACCUUGUCUUGAUGUGCACAUCUACGCCAGAGGAUCUUUUUGGAAGUGCUCCUCAGAUCCAAAAAGCACUUGGCUGCAAAAGUAACCCUUUGGCUUAUGACAUCACUGCUGCAUGUAGUGGAUUUGUCCUGGGUCUUGUCUCAGCUGCCUGUCACAUUAGGGGAGGUGGGUUUCAAAAUGUUCUGGUUGUUGGGGCUGAUUCUCUUUCUCGGUAUGUUGAUUGGACAGACAGAGGGAGUUGCAUCCUAUUUGGGGAUGCUGCUGGUGCUGUGUUGGUACAGGCCUGUGACAGUGAGGACGAUGGUUUAUUUAGUUUUGAUGUGCAUAGUGAUGGCGAUGGGCAAAGACAUUUAAAUGCCACUAUGAAAGAAAAUGAAAUGGAUAAUGCGUUGGGAUCUAAUGGUUCGGUCGUAGACUUCCCUCCAAGACGCUCCUCAUACUCCUGCAUUCAAAUGAAUGGCAAGGAAGUUUUCCGCUUCGCAGCGCGAUGUGUGCCACAUUCUAUUGAAUCGGCCCUUGAAAAGGCCGGUCUCUCAAGCUCUAGCAUUGAUUGGCUACUGCUUCAUCAGGCAAACCAAAGAAUCAUCGAUGCCGUUGCAACUCGUUUAGAAGUACCACCAGAGCGGGUCAUAUCAAAUUUGGCAAACUAUGGUAACACAAGUGCGGCAUCCAUCCCAUUAGCGUUGGAUGAAGCAGUUCGAAGCGGGAAGGUGAAGCCAGGCCAUACUAUUGCAGCAGCAGGUUUUGGAGCUGGUCUAACUUGGGGUUCCGCAAUUCUUAGAUGGCAAUAAAAUCAUGAAACCUUCCAGGUCCUUCCAGCAUCAUUGUAAGAGAGACGACAGUUUGUCACCAAUAGCAGUUCCGAGAUCAUUGCUUUCCGUUCCAUGUCUUCAGCAGAUGACCCGGGCCAUUGCGACUGCAGAGUCUGCAACAGCUCCCUUGUGCAUGUUUAGGUUCUGUAACCUUUAAUUCUUUUUUCAGUUAUAAUGAAUACAUAUUGCACCCCCCCCCCCCCCUCCCUCCCCCAACCACCCUGCAUUUGUACUUGACAAACUUUAUUUUCCUUAAUUUUGCUACAUUGAACUCCAACUAGGGUAUAUGAGUCUUCCGGGAUUUGAUAGAA